AUGGAACGCGAGCUGACGCGGCGCUGUCGGCACAUUGUGCGCAUAGCUGAAUUUGUGAAUGUAAAAACCACAAACACGAUACGGACUGGAUAUGAUGCACGAGUUAGUCUCGGUCACACGAUACCGCUUUUUGCGGGCAAUGUCGAAGUUUUGUAUGCACGCAGUGUUUGGUUGGCAGUGCGCAUCGACAUUUGGUCGAGCAACGACAGUUGUUAUUGCCAAGUCAAGGCUCUGAGUGUCUACUUGCAACACAACAAAGAUCAAAGGAAGGUUGCGGUGACUAAUGGUAGUGCUCUGAAUGCAAUGCAAGAGGCUCAAAAACUCGCAUUGAGUGCGAAAAAUUGGGAUGAAGGAGCGGCAUUGACGAGCGAGGAGCUAUUAAAUGUACUGGAUGAUGUUGUCAAGCAAGUUAUUCUUGCGUUCCAGGAACAGCAAGUGCAGGAGCUAAAGGCUGCAGCUUCUCAACGGGCGAAAUUUGAGUUUGAGAUGCUGCAGCAUUCUUCUGAUUUGGAAAUAUUGAUGCUAAACUGCGGAGAGUCGGGUUUAGUAGUCUUAAUUGCGUUGCCACUAAUGGAAGAAAAAAACCAGUGGAAUCCAAAGGUGUUAAUUGAGACAGAGGAAGAAGUUGACUUGGUGUAUAUUCCAGAUGGGUUCGGCUCACCGAACUUUUCGGAUGCAACCGAAAAUGGGGUGUUUUUGAUCGGAUAUCCGAUUAGAGACGAAGUUAAAUUUGAAGGUGCCUGGCCUUUUCUAGUCGAGUGGCCGGAAAGAAUGAUCUUGUCGAGCCAAGUGACGCAUAUUCCGACGUCGAGUAAAGCGCAGUCUUCUAUUGAACUCAUCACAUCGUGCCGAGAGAUGUUUUUACACCAGUGGACAAGACGCAAAGAGUUUAUUGCCGAACUACGUCGCCAUGUCAUUGUAUUAGAGUACGAUGCCUUAGACUUUGCACGAGUAUUUUUCGUGCUGCAAGAGCAGCUCAACGAGCAAGCACCACUGCGUAUAAUUGUUUUGAAGCUCCACUUUCCUGCAAAGUAUUUUUCUACAAAUUGCAUGAGCGACUUGCAGUUGACAUUACUCGAUGGAAACGCCAGUGCAGAACCCGUUACGAUUGCGCUAAGUGCAUCCAGCAUUACUUCCGAUUUCGAUCCAGCAUUGGAAAGCAAAGCAUGUGUUUUUCAGUUUCUUGAAUAUGUACGGCAAAGUUUGCUCUACAAAUUUUACGAAGACUGA